CAGCAGCUUCUCCUCCCGUCCUGGCAUUCCACACUUGGAUUUGGAGACUCACUCAUUCCAAAAUCCAUCGAAAGCUCAAUUUGGCAGCUCCUGGGGGCUGUCUGGCUGUGCCCAGAGGAUUUCCUCCACUCGGCUUGGCUGGGCAGCUCCGGGACUCCCUCUGCUCUGUGCUGCCAGAGCCGUUGGCAUGGGAUUUUGGGAGCAGCUCCACUUCAGGAGGCUCUUUCCCGUCCCACCACCUCUUCUGAUUUCCUUACUGCUUGUUUCUAGAUCCUGUUACCAGGAUCCUUCUCCUUCAGGAUCUUGCUGUGGAACCAGAUGCCUCCUCAGGGCAUGGGGGAAGGAGAAUGGGAAGGCUGAAAAGCUGGGCAGCCUCAGAAUGGUGCCCACCAGCGUUUGGUGUCUCUUUGCCUGCCCCUAGAUGUGGGCACUGGGACAUCCUCCAGCCCCUCUGGCUGAUUUGGGUGCUGGAAAUGUCUCUGUGCCCCGCUGUGGACCUGGCUGGGGCUUCUUGGUAGGGUAAUUCCCUGUGUCCCAGCUCUCUGCUCACAAAGGUGGGCUGAAAAAUCUCUGGGGAGCUCCACACCCCUUGAAUGUGGGCCCAAAAAUACAUCAACUUAUGAGAGAGGGACCUAAAACCACUGGCAGCAAGGGAGUGGCUGUGGCCAGGGAGGGACGUGGUUGCCUUUUAGCUAUUUUGGGGGGUGCUAUUUCCACCAAGGUCCCCCCUGUCAUUACCAUCGCCUCAAGCUCUCGUUUACAGCCCAGUUCGGAGCUUCAGCCGUUCAGUGUCCCUCAGAGAGCAGCAGCAGCAGCAGCAGCAGCGGCAGACGCCUGUCCCGGCCAGCAGCAUGUCGCUGUCACACACGGCCGCCGAGUUCAUGCUGUCGGACGCGCUGCUGCCGGAGCCCGGCGGGGCGCGCACUCGGCGGCUACGGCUGGAGCUGCCCAGCGACCGCCUGCUGAAGUUCGUCACCGUGGGGCUGCCUCUUUGCCUCGUCUCCUUGGCCUUCGCCCGCGAGUUCUCUGCCGGCUCCCAGAUCAGCUGCUUCUCUCCCACCAACUUCACUGGGAAGCAGGCUGCCUACGUUGACACAGCCUGCUGGGACUCCCUGCUCCACCACGGCUAUGACGCUGAGGGACAGCCUCUCACCAAGUCCCUCUGGGUGCUCAAGGUCUUCCCCUACUCACUGCUGGUGGUGGCGGUGCUGAUGUACCUGCCCUACCUGCUGUGGCGCUACGCAGCCGCCCCCGCCCUGCACUGCGACCUCCUCUUCAUCAUCGAUGAGCUGGACAAGUCCUACAACCGCUCCGUGCGCCUGGUGCAGCACAUGAGGAAGGUCCAGCAGGCCAGCGCUGAGCCCGAGAGCUUCUGGGAGGAGUAUGAGAGGGCUCGCCGCCAGCGCUACUUCGAGUUCCCGCUGCUGGAGCGGUACCUGGCCUGCAAGCAGCGCGCCCACGCCUUGGCCUUCGUCUACAUCCUGAGGAACCUCCUCCUGCUCCUCUUCUUGGCCGCCACCUGCCUCUACCUGGUCUUCCUCCACCUCAACGUCUUCUUCCAGGAUGAAUUCAGCUGCUCCAUCAAAACGGGGCUGCUCCAGGCAGAGCCCCACAUCCCCCCCCUCAUCCCCUGCAAGCUGCUCUUCUACUCCACCUUCCAGCUCACCAGCCUCUCCCUGGGCAGCGUCUACGUCCUCCUCGUCCCUGUUGUCAUCUAUGGCGCCCUGCAGCUGUGCCAGUGGGACAAGGGUCUGCUCUCUGUCUACGAGAUGCUGCCUGCUUUCGACCUCCUCAGCCGCAAGAUGCUCACCUGCCCUGUCAACGACCUCAACAUCAUCCUGCUCUUCCUCCGUGCCAACAUCUCACACCUCACCUCCUUCAGCCGCCUCAACGCUGUCAGUGCCCUGAAGGAAGCCACCCCCAACAGGGAGGACAUCGACACCGUGGUGGACUUCAUGACACUGCUGGCUGGGCUGGAGGCCACCAAACCCAAACACCCUGAGGCCGAAGGCAGUGCUUCCCUCUCCAACGGCGGGGCUCGAGUGGGAAGCUGGAGCUGGAUCUCCAAGGCUGAGCCUCAUCCCUGUCCCACUUUGAAGGACCUGUGGGGGUGCCCCUUUUGUCCCCCUCUUCAAUUCCUGACUCCCACAGCAGUGAUGCUGAGGCUCUGCCAGUGGCUCGCCCUGGGCAGGACUGAAUCCAGGAUUCCAGGCUCCUUUCCCGGUCCCAAACUGCAGUCCGAAGGCUGCGACUGUAAGGAAGCGCCGGAGCCGAGCUGGCUGCAGCAGCCGCGUUGGCCUGGCAACGGCGGGGCCGGCACAGCCGCCUCUGGGCUGCUGCGGUUUGCCCACUUCGCUGACCUCCUCCUCUUCCUCUCUCUGCCCAGAAGUGAAACCUGGAGUGGAAGCGCUGGGAAAACCCUCCCGGGACUCAUUCGGCUCUGCUUGACCCCUCCAGGAGCAGGCAGGAUCCUAGGGAUCCAGUUUGAUCCACUCCUUCCUCCAGUGCAUUAAACAAGUUUGGAUCCAUCCCGA